GGGUGAAUUGCGUAAGGUUACCAUCGGCCGGAGAACCAGCGGAUGCGGGGAACGGUGAGCCGAUUCUUGGCCCAGUCGCCACCGCGAUGCAGCGGAUCGCCGGCCUCGCUGCACGCCGGGACCUCCGCAGCCUCGCAGCCGGGGCGCAGGCCUGGAGCAGCGGCUCCAUCUGCAGCAGGGAGCCGGCGUUCCGGUGCCAACAGCGGGGGAGAUUGUGUUCGGGUCCUGGGCGUCCUUUAGGCUCCGGACCCGGGCAGAGAUGCUUUGUGUUUGCCGGGGGUGGAUGCAGACUGUUCAGCUCCCGGCCAGGAGCCGAGGAGCCGCCGGGGAGCCCCGAAUCCCGGCCCCACAUCUCUGUGGUGGGCAUCCCGGACCCGCUCACCUGGAUCCGCUGUAGGAUCAUUACGCUCCUGAUUGAGCUUUACUUUGAGGUGGACAUCAACUCUGCAGAGUUUCACAGAGGAGUGAAGCAGGCUUUGGUGCAUGUUUCCAGCAAGAUGUCCAGAGGGAGAUACCACGAGCUGAAAGGGGUCGUGACCGACGAGAUGAGGGAAUAUCUGGAGGAGAAGUGCAAACCUCUCACGAAGGUGCAGAGGAGGCAGAUCGCCGUCAAAAUGGAGGACAUCAUAUUUGUGCUACCGGAGGACAUCUCGGUUGUCUUCGAUGAAUACGGUAGGAAGUUCUGCUUCGUUGUCAUGAGGCUUUGGUUCCUGUCGUCACACGAGGGUCCAGAUGACCCAGAGGGCACCAAAAUCUUCAAGGUGGCCUCUGGAGAAGACGGGAGCCCUCAGAAGAAACUGGCAACCGCAGUUUAUGAAUUCCACGGAGAGCUAAAACGAGGGACUUCUCCUGAUUGGAUGGUGACAACCGUCUGGCACUGGCACUGGAAAAUGGACGAGUAAAUUCACUUUGCAACAACGUCAGGAUCAAACCGGAGAACUGACUGCUGAAUUGAAAUCGUUUGAAACAACGCACAUGAAGCAGAUUUCACUCAUGGGAGAAAAGACUCGGCAGUUGUGGAAAAAUAUGUCAGGUUUUACAUAUCAGGACAUAAAAACAUCUUCAAAUUGUUUUAAAAUUUGGGUAAAUACAACCUCAGGUGAACAAUUUUAGGUGUAUUGCAUCAUUUUUACUAAAUGUUGGAAAAACAUAAUUAAUCACAGAUAAUAGAAUGGAAAAUCAUUUACUGUUAAAAAGUGUUGGAAAAUUCAGGUGUAACAACAAAUAUGCUUGUAAAUGGAAGCAUUAAUAUUGAAACUACGCGAAGAAAUAUAAAACCUGAACAUAUAGAUAUUAGAAAUAAAACUGGAAAAGGUUCUAAAAGGUCUCAAAUCACUUAAUUGAUUUUAGUUUUCAACAAAAGAAUUUAAAAAAUCUUUAAAUGAGUGCUAUUAUGUACUUUUGUAAAGCUUUAUGUCAUGUUAUAAUGUUACUGAGUGCAACUCUGACUCAUUCAUUGCACAGUUGAGAAAUCCUUGAAUUUUAAGGUAUGACUAUGAUGCAAAGUCAAAUUUCCUUUGAGUUGUUUUUGAAACAUAAAGCAUCUUCAUAGAACUGGAAAAAACAUACAGUAGUUACUUGACUGUGCUGUAAAAUGGCACAAUAUGAGUUUCUCUUUUGGUAUUUAGCCAAGUUUAUUAAAUUAAUUAAAAGCAGAUUUGGGUGAAGCAAAGUUCACUUUUGAGUAAAAGUCUGGUUCUUGAAAAGAAUGCAGAAAGCGAAUCCUUUGUACUGUAUCCAAUAUUUUACUUGUUUGUGAUGAUUUUAUCCUAAUUAACGAAAGAAAGUCUCCAUUUAUAUCAAAUACCGUAUUUAUGUGACUUAUACUCUGGUGCGACUUAGAUAUGUCUUUUUUUGCUUUAUUCUGCAUCUCAUGGCUGGUAUGACUUGAACUCCGGAGCGACUUAAAGUCUGGAAAAUACAGUACUUGCACUGGGGGCCAAAUAUGUGUGUUUCAGGAGGCCACAAAUGGCCCGGGGCCGCACUUUGGACACCCCUGAUUUAGCUGGUCUAAGGGUAAAAAUGACUCAAAGGAAACAACCUGCUGGUGUGACGGGACAGACACUGCAUCUGCAAAAAUUGAUCUGAAAAUGAAAAUUUUGUUCAUCUGUUGUUGCUUUUACCUUAUUUUAAAAAAGACUGCGUACUUUUACGUUCUCAUAUGCAAAGCUAAGCAUUGGACAUGGGUGAGCCUGCUGUAAGCAAACCCAUAUCCCACUUGAAUUAUUCCCUUGAUGCCUUCAACGCUCCAGAACUAAAUGUUGCCACAAACAGCUUUACCUCCACUCUUUUUAGUUAGUUGUUCUUUUUUUAUGACUUUACCAACAGAAACCCAUUUGACAUUUCAUCAGAUAAUUAAGUAUGUAAUCCCCAAAACAACCUGUAGAGCCAUAAACUGAAAAAAAAUCAACUGUCUCUUUUUUACUCCAUUCUGAAUGAUUUGGUUCAAACUAUUUCACAAAGUCUAGAAUGUGACUCAGGACAACUGAGUUUUAUUAUUUUGAAUAAAUAAAAUGCUUGAUCUAAACUGAA